CGCCGCUCCGAGCGACGACAGAAACGUUCUCCUCGCGCCGCGGUCCGCACUGAUUAACGCUCAGCAAAUUGAUUUAUAGUGUCCUGUUGAAAAAAUAAUCGCCGUGAAAUGUGAUGGAGGGACAGGACUGGCGCUCCGAGUGGCAGCAGCCGCGACUUGACGGUCUGGUGCCGUCGGGUCAAUGUCCGCGGGGAGGGUUCACCCUGGCGCAGUCGGUGGCCAACAGGAUACACGAGCAUGAGCAGACUGUGCUGCCUCCGUUGCAGCACCCGAUCAGAGACGGUUCCCUGUGUGGUCGCAGUACGUAUUCACCACUGCAAGCCCUCAGUGAGAGCACCUGCAGGGACCAUGGCGCGCAGUCCGCGCCGCCGCCCCUUCAACCGCCGAGAGUGCAGUUCUCCCUGCAGGUCUCCUCACAGAACGUGACCCUCCACUCUGCUGUAGCGCGCUGCACAGCCACCUUAGAACUGGCUGCGCUGUGGAGGAACUUCCACGAGCUUGGCACGGAAAUGAUAGUGACAAAAGCGGGGAGACGCAUGUUCCCAGCCCUCCAAGCGAGGCUGGCUGGCCUGCAACCGAAUGCCGACUAUUUACUCCUGGUGGACUUCGUGCCGUUGGACGACAAGCGGUACCGAUACGCUUUUCAUAGUUCGAGCUGGGUGGUGGCCGGCAAAGCGGACCCGGUGUCGCCGCCGCGCAUCCACGUGCACCCGGACUCGCCGGCGCCGGGCUCCCACUGGAUGCGGCAACUCGUCUCCUUCGACAAACUGAAGCUCACAAACAACCAGCUAGAUGACAACGGACAUAUAAUCCUGAACUCGAUGCACCGGUAUCAGCCGCGUUUGCAUGUGGUGUAUCUCCCGGGCGAGGGGCAGGCGGCGGCGCCCGGCGUCGUGCCGUACAGGACCUUCGUCUUCCCAGAGACGGGAUUCACGGCAGUCACCGCCUACCAGAACCAUAGGAUAACACAACUGAAGAUAGCGAGCAAUCCAUUCGCUAAAGGAUUUAGGGACUGCGAUCCAGACGACUGUCCUCCGGAGCAGAGUCAGCCUCGUGGAACGCCGCGUCGCCGCGAGGUGGCAGCAGUGGAGUCAUGCCCGCAGCUCAGCCAGCCCUACGCCGCCGAACCCAGCGGCUGCGGCCCGCUGUAUGCCACCCACGCACCCGUUCGGUACCAACCUCAUGCAGGCCACAAUAGCGCAUACAGUGCGUACUACGCCCACAGGUAGCCAUCACUUUUAGGACUGGAUGUGAUAGUUUGAGAGCAAAGACAUCAUUAUGAUCAUAUCGGAGAUGUGGGGAGAACCGAAUGUAACAGUUUCACAACGUUUCCCCAUCAUUAGUAUUAAUGUCACUAGUGCUGAAAUACGAGCUUUUAUUGAUACUUUUUAUGUUUACAAAGUACC